CAGCCGUUGAUGCACCCCACAGCUCAAAACCCCCGGUGGAGGAAUCGUUGGUCGAGCAUGUCGUCGGUGUAUCCACGAAAGGAUAAAGUCGCGAAAGGAAAUGACGCAACCCGCCUCGUGUUUGUGAACCAUGACGAAAAGAACCGAGAGCUUCAGUCCAAGUACAAGUACACCAACAACUGGGUGUCCACGUCCAAGUACACGAUCGUGAGCUUUGUGCCGAAGACACUCUUCGAGUUCUUUCGCGUGAUCGCGAACAUGUACUUUUUGUUCAUUUCGAUCAUCCAAUUGGCGUCCGAUUGGUCUCCGACCAACAAGUACACGACGGCAGGGCCGUUGCUGAUUGUGCUGGUUGUGUCGAUGAUCAAACAAGCGAUCGAAGACAAGAAGCGCCACGACGCAGACGCGAUUCAGAACUGCCGCAUUUGCCACGUUAUGACGGCCAACGGGGCGAUCCAGGAGAAGCAGUGGCAAGAUGUCCAAGUGGGCGACAUCUUGUUCUUGAAAGACAAGGAUGAGUUGCCGGCAGACGUGUUGAUCUUGGCGACGUCCGAGGAGGAAGGACGGUGCUUUGUCGAGACGUGCAACUUGGACGGCGAAACCAACUUGAAGCGCCGGACGGCAUGCGAACCCAUUGCCAAGCUCAUUGGGUUUCGAGCUCUCAAUGAUCCUGUCAUUGACGAAGCCAAGCACAAGGCAUCGUGCAUGGCAUUUCGCGGGUCCAUCGAAUACGAACAGCCCAACAAUCGGCUCUACAACUUUACGGGAGUCGUCAAAGCAGACGCGUUGGCCGACGCAGCGCCCAUUGGACCGACCAACGUUAUCUUGCGCGGAUGCAGCAUCCGCAGUUGCUCGUACAUCUUUGGAAUUGUUUUGUUCGCCGGAAAGGAGUCCAAGCUCAUGCAAAACGCCCGAGCGACCCCGUCCAAGCAAAGCAACGUGUACAAGAAAGUGAACCGGUGCAUCAUCUUGAUCUUCGUCACGCAGGCCGCCUUGUGUGUCAUCAGUGCCCUCUCAUUUAACUCGUGGGUGAAGCGCAACUUGCUUCUCCACGACUGGUAUAUCCCGUUCAUCAAGACCGACUCGACCGCGUUCUUCACGUUUUUGAUCCUGUACAACAACUUGGUCCCGAUCUCGCUGUACGUGUCGCUAGACAUGGUCAAGGUCGCCCAAGCCAAGAACAUCUCGAGCGACGAAGAAAUGUGUCACGAAGGGUUUUACGCCAUCGCGCGCACGUCCGACUUGAACGAGGACUUGGGGCAAAUCGAGUACAUCUUUAGCGACAAGACGGGCACACUGACGCAAAACAUCAUGGAGUUUCGCAAGUGCUCGAUUGGCGGCGUCGUGUAUGGUUACGGGUCGACCGAAAUUGCCCAAGCAGUCGCGGCACUGAACGCGAAGCGAAAUUCUCUCGUCGAAAAUGUCGUGCCGCAGCCGCCGUCGUCGUCGAAUGACGGUCCUGCCAAGGAUAUUCGAGAUGCCCAAAUAUUCUUGGACAAGUCGAUUCACUUUGACGAUCCUCGCCUCGUGAAGGAAAUUUCGACCAACGGGCCGAAUGCAAAGCGAAUCAAUGAAUUUCUGACCCUCUUGGCCGUGUGCCACACGGUGAUCCCGGAGAAAAAUGCUUCCACAGGCUUGGUCAACUACCGUGCAUCGUCUCCGGACGAAGAAGCCCUCGUCAAGGCAGCUCGGUGCUUGGGGUACAAGUUGGUGACUCCAGCCCCGUUAGUGGAGGUAGAAGUGACUCACAAAGCCAAGCCGUCGACGAUGCAAACGUUCACCAUCCUCAACGUGAACGAGUUCAAUUCAACCCGCAAACGCAUGUCGACGGUCGUGCAAUUCUCCGAUUCCCGCAUCGUUUUGUACUGCAAAGGCGCGGACAAUGUGAUCCUGCCUCGGUGUAAACCUGACAGCGCGACCGCACAACUCGAGGAACACCUCAAGUCGUUUGCGUCGGAAGGCCUUCGCACACUCGUGUUGGCAAAGCGGGAACUCACCGACGACGAAUACGAGACCUGGAACAAGCUCUACCAGAAGGCAGCAACGUCGUUGACGAAUCGAGACGCGUUGUUGGAUGCCGCCGCCGAAGCACUUGAGGUGGGCAUGGACAUUGUCGGCGCAACAGCAAUCGAAGACAAGCUGCAAGUUGGAGUCCCCAACACCAUCUUCAGUUUGGCACAAGCUGGAAUCAAAAUCUGGGUUCUGACGGGUGACAAGGAAGAAACCGCCGUCAACAUUGGACAUGCGUGUCGCCUUUUAAAUGAUGGGAUGCAGAUUCUUUUCAUCAACCGCGAAGGAUUGCCCGAACUGACUGAACAGCUGGAGUACUUGUACAAUAUGGAAAGCAUCCAAACGCACUACAGAAACAAGACGGUGGCCGACAACAUUGCGAUUGUUUGUGACGGCAAAGCACUGGUCCACUUUUUCCCGUCGAAGGCGUUAUCGGCGGACGAAAAGGUCGUGGCGAAGGAACUUCGUCGAAAACUCUUGGCCGUCGCGAGCGUUUGUAAGGCUUUGAUUGCUUGCCGAGUGUCUCCUGCCCAAAAAGCCGACAUCGUCAACAUGGUCCGUUACCAUUCGCAAAACAACCCCAUUACGCUUGCUAUCGGCGACGGAGCGAACGACGUCAACAUGAUCCAGUCGGCGCAUGUCGGGAUUGGCAUAUGUGGCCAAGAAGGGGUACAAGCCGUCAACGCCAGCGACUAUGCGAUCGCUCAGUUCCGCUUUCUUCAGCGGCUGCUUCUGGUCCACGGCCGAUCCAACUACAAGCGCAUCGCCAAGGUCAUCUUGUACUCGUUCUACAAGAACAUGUCGCUUGUGAUCGUGCUGUUCUUGUACAACUUUUACAACGGCCAGAGCGGAACGUCGCUGUUUGAGAGUUUUGUCAUGGCCGGGUGGAACUUCUUCCUGGCACUGCCGAUCAUUGCAAUAGGGGUGUUUGACGAAGACGUGAGCCCGGAACAAGCAAUGGCGUUCCCACCGCUGUACAUGACCGGCCAGCGCAACGAAGACUUGAACGUCAAGUAUUUUUCGUGGUGGAUCUUCAAUGCAUUCUACCAUGCGUUUAUCAGCUUCUUCCUUCCCGUGUACAUCAUCCGCGGGUUCUCGACGGAAGCUUUUCACGUACAAGGGACGACCAUUUACUCGGGCUUGCUCAUGACGAUGAACCUCAAAGUCAUUUACGAAACGCUGUCGUGGACCGUAUUCAGCUACGGCUUCAUGGUGUUUUCGUUCUUGCUGUUUUUCUUCUUCCUGGCCGUUUACCCAGCCGUGCCAGGCCUUGGCAACGACAUGUUUGGAGUCCCGGCUUCUAUGCUGUCCACGGCACUGUACUGGCUUGUGUUUUGCUUGAUCCCGGUGGCAUGCAUGCUGAUCGACAUCACCAUCAAAUAUUGGAUGAAGAACUACCGCCCCACUGAAGCUGACAUCUUGCGCGAGCGCGGAUUACUCCAGAAGAAUCAACUCAAGAUUGUCGACAUGACGAUCAAUGGAAUAGUGAACCAAUCUCAUCCGCGUUCGGCGGAAGAGCAGCGGCAAGACGAGAAGGCCGGUGUGAAGAACUUGGACAUGAGUGGGUACACUGGUUUUGCGUUCUCGGCGCCUGACGACAAGGUGAUCAACGACAAUGACACGAAAGCCGCCGUUCGUGAAAUCGCAACAAUGCGCGUCGACCAUUUCAAUUUGACGGGGGAAACGGACGCCGAGUCCGAGCGCCGUCAAGCGACUGGAUCUUUUCAUACGGACAAGCGGGGCAGCAGUCAUGCAGGAUUGAAUUCGUUCCUCAACCACCUACCUCUGACGGAGCACAUGGAAGAAGGCGGCGUCGACCAACCGACGGGCUCCGAGUAGGUGUUCCAGGAAGACAGUGCGCGUGGCGUGCGCCAAGUAGAUAUUUGAAUAUGACCAACCUCCGUGCGAUCUCGCGCCUUUUUCGUAGUGCUGAC